UCGGCACGCGCACUCACGGGAACACGCGCACACCGGUGUGGAGUAUCAGCUCGGAGCGGGACGGACUGCACCUGUCCGACACACACACUCACACACUCACACACACACGCGCGCGCAGAGGACCGGCCGUCCCUAUGUGCGGAUGGGACCAAAGUUACACGGCGACCUCUCAUAGCUCGGCCAUGUUGACCAGUGAGGGGGCGCACGCCGUGGAGCGGGAUGACCACGGAGCCAAGAUGGCCGCCGCCGCCGCCGCCGGCUCGGACGGGGCGGCGGCGGCGAUGACGGCGGCGCUGGCGGCGGACGCCGACGUGGAGAUGGAGGAGGCGGACAUGACCCGCUGGACGGAGGCGGAGUUCGAGGACAAGUGCACGUACGUGGUCAAGGACACGGCGAGGGAGGCGGGGCCAGACGGCGGCGACGCCAUGACGACCACGAGGGCCGAGGCGUCGCUGCCCCGGAACCUGACCUUCAGACACCCGGCUGACAGCGAGGAGGUGGUCGGCGUGUGCAGCAGGGAGUACAUCCCCAAAGGAACUCGCUUCGGCCCCCUGGUGGGCGAAGUGUACACUGCAGACAGCGUCCCCAAAGACACCAACCGCAAGUACUUCUGGAGGAUCUACGAGGGCCAGGAGUUCCACCACUUCGUGGACGGCCUGGACGAGUCGCGGUCCAACUGGAUGCGCUACGUGAACCCGGCCCACUCGGCGGCGGAGCAGAACCUGGCGGCGUGCCAGAGCGGCGAGCAGAUCUUCUUCUACACGGUGGCGCCCGUCCCCGCCGGCGCCGAGCUGCUCGUGUGGUACUGCCACGACUUCGCCCGGCGCCUCCACUACCCGCCGACCGGGGAGCUGAUGAUGCAGAAGCUCAAGCAGUCUCUCCUGGAGGUGAAGCAGCAGGUGAGCGGCGAGGCCUUCAGCCGGCUGGCGACGCCCACGGCGCCCAAGAGGGAGCACAGCGUCCUCUCCAUCCUCCGCGGCUCCUCCUCCUCCUCGGUGAAGAGGGAGCCCAGCCGGCCGCUGCCCACCCGGCCGCGCCGCGCCGACAGCCCCGAGCGCCCGCUGUACCCCCGCCCCCUCUACCCGGCCCUCAGGCCACGCCCCCACGCCGACGACUUCCUGGUCCAGCGGCUCGGCUACGCGGCGCCGCGCUCCCCCGGCGGCCAUUCCUCCGCCACGCCCAGCCCGUCGGCGAGGAGCAGCCCGGACAGCAGCCCCCAGGGCAGCCCGGCGCCGCUCUACCCGCCCGGCCUCGGCUCGUACGCCGGCUACUCGGCGCCGUUCACGCCGCUCCCCUCGUCCUUCUACCCUCCGGGCGCCGCGUACUCGCGCUACCUCCUCCCCCCCCUGUUCCCCCGGCUGUACGGCGGCCUCCUGCCGCCCCUCCUGCCCUCCGACGCCGCCGGGCGCCGCUUCCCGAUGCCCGACCACGUGCACCCGGCCCACAGAGACUUCCUCCUCCCGCAGCCCGCCGCCGCUUUCCACGCCGCCCCGAAGGACAAAGCGCCACCUCGCCACCCGUACCAGCCGCACGGGCCCGCCGCCCGCCCCUCCCCCCCGGCGCCCGCCGACGAGCGCGUGCCGGCCAGGCCGAGCUCCGGCGGCGAGCGCUGCGCCCCCGACGACGACGAGGAGGCGGCGGCGGCGGCGAUGAACCUCAGCAAGGGGCGGCGCGGGCCGGGCGCCGCCGGCUACAAGGCGCUGCCGUAUCCGCUGAGGAAGCAGAACGGGAAGAUCAAGUACGAGUGCAACGUGUGCAGCAAGACCUUCGGCCAGCUGUCCAACCUCAAGGUGCACCUGCGCGUCCACAGCGGCGAGCGGCCCUUCAGCUGCCAGACCUGCUCCAAGGGCUUCACGCAGCUGGCGCACCUGCAGAAGCACUUCCUGGUGCACACCGGAGAGAAGCCGCACGAGUGCCAGGUGUGUCACAAGCGCUUCAGCAGCACCAGCAACCUGAAGACUCACCUGCGGCUGCACUCGGGCGAGAAGCCGUUCCACUGCCGGCUCUGCCCCGCCCGCUUCACGCAGUUCGUCCACCUGAAGCUCCACAAGCGCCUGCACUCCCGCGAGCGCCCGCACAGGUGCCCCCGCUGCCGCCGCCACUACGUGCACCUGUGCAGCCUGCGGCUCCACCUGAAGGGCUACUGCCCGGCGGCGGCGGCGGAGGAGGAGGAGCUGCAGCGCGCCAACGAGGAGAUCGAGCGCUUCGACGUGAGCGAGCACGCCGAGCAGCUGGAGCGGCUGAGGGGCGGAGCCGAGCUGGAGGCGGGGCUGGAGAAGCAGGUGCUGGGGCUGCUGUGGAGGGAGCCCGAGGUCAAGGCCGCGCUCUUCCACCACGGGGCCCCCGGCGAGGCGGCCGUCGUCACCGUGAAGCAGGAGGCGGAGGAGCGCCUGUACUGAACUCCGAGGCACGGGGACUUGUGCACGCGACGUUGUCGUCGUCGGUCUCGGCCAAUCGGGGAACUGCGUACUCGGGCCGGAGA